AUGAAUGAUAGUAAUCAUAAACAACAUAAUAAUAUUAAUUCAUAUGAAGACUAUGGUAUAUAUUUAAGAAAGUUGAAACAUUUUAAUUUGCCAUAUGGGGAUUGGCAUUGGAAUAAUAAUAAUAAUAGUGAUCGAAAGAGUACAGAGAUAUCGAUAGAUAAUAAUGAUUCAAUUAGUGAGAACAAAUUCCCCAAACUAACAACUUUAUACAUAGAAUUUGUUAACAAUGAAGCGUGUAAAGAUUUUAUUAAAAGGUAUUAUAAAGAUAUUGAUAGAGUUGAAGAUAUUUCCGAAACGGAAGUUUAUAUACAAUUUAAAGAUGUUGAAACAAGCGUCAAAUAUUAUCAUUACAAUGAUAACAAGAUUUAUGGGAAAGAAAGUAUUAAAUUGGUUAGACCAAAGUUAAUGCUCCAAGCUUUUAGGUUUUAA